AUGGCGGAACACGAAUCUAAAGAACACACCCAGUCCGACGUGCAUACGGACAAGAGAGACUCGAGUGUUGCUGCGUCGUUGUCUGAUAGGGACGAUGUAAGUGACACAUUCGAGGAUGCCAAUGACACCGCAGCUAUUGAAUCGGCACAAAUGGCAACGGUAGUGAGAACACGCUCACUGACGAGACGGCGGUCUUCCUCUGGUGAGAGCGCCAAAAGAGACGACUCCCCCGAACAUCCUUCCGUCCCAGAUAUUCCUGAUACUCCUGCAACGGAAACGAACGAAUCAGUCACAGGGAGUCAUGAUGAUGCACCUCCAAAAUCCCCUCUUCUUACCUCGCACCGUCUCUCAAAUGCAUCCCUAGACAAUGUUAGUCUUGACGAAGAAGGAACCACAGAGAAAGCCGAGAGUGUACCGGCAACAAAGGAAGCAAAGUCACCACCCCCUAGUUUACCGGCGAGAGCACCCAAACCUGGUCUCCAAGGCUUAUCGGGGGCGUUGCCAUCUGUUCCUUGGGCGCCUCCUCCGCCAGCACCUCCAGCACAAGCAUCCUUACCGCCUCCACCACCGCCGUCGAGAAAGCUGACAAGCCCUUUCGCAUGGCUAUCAAGAAAUACAACAUCCAACAAGGAAACCGUUGCCUCUCCGCCAUUGCCCUCCCCUAACACCGAGCGGCGUAAUACUGCCUCAUCGAUUGCAACCAUCGGAAGCAACCCCGAAAUGAUGUUGAGCAAGCUCGAAGAGGGCCAAGAGCGAGAUGGCGUGAAUGGGAACCAGAAGCCGGCAAGAAACAGCCUGCGAGACAGAUUCAAGCUGUUACGAAUGCGGGAGGAAGCUGGCAUUACCAGUCUCGGAGACGAUGAGAAAGGAGGACCUUCCUUGAGUUUGUCAAGCCCGGGAGUUCGAGUAGACGAAAGAGAAUUGUCACUUGCAGCAAGUUCCCCCCGGUCGCCGCAUGCAUCAACCCCCAAUAUUGCUACGGUCAAUCCAGCUUUGGCACCCGGCACCGCAUCUGGGGUGUCCGCUGGCCCUUCAGCGAUGGGUGAUCCUUCGGCGCCUGUCGACUGGGACUUGUGGCAAUCGGUGGUAUAUGAAGGUCCAGCUGCAGUUGCCCGAACGAGCGCAGAGGAGUUGAAUCGAGCCAUUGCAACAGGGAUUCCAAAUGCUAUACGAGGUGUGGUGUGGCAAGUGCUAGCACAGAGCAAGAGUGAGGACUUGGAAAGUGUCUACCGAGACUUGCUCAUCCGUGGCACUGAUAAGGAGAAGGAUAGAAUGAGCUCGUCGAGUGGAGUAGCAAGCAUGAUUCAUAGCUCCAGCUCAGUAAAUGGCGAGGUCGCCUCGUCGGCCUCGUCUAUUCAUUCAGAUCAUUCAACGCCUGCACAAGUACAUCUUAACGGGCUCAGAUCGCCCACACCACCAAAAGACGCAGAUGCCUUGGCUAAGGCUCAAGCAGCUUCAAUUGCACAAAGGAAGAAGAAGGCCAAAGAAGAUGCCGCUGCGCUAGCAAAACUUGAAAAGACCAUUCGAAGGGAUCUUGGCGCCAGAACCAGCUAUUCAAAAUUUGCAGCCAGUGCAGGGCUACAGGAAGGCCUUUUUGGUGUAUGCAAGGCGUACGCACUUUUUGAUGAGGGUGUGGGAUAUGCGCAGGGUAUGAACUUCUUGGCCAUGCCUUUGCUUUUUAACAUGCCCGAAGAAGAAGCGUUCUGUUUGCUAGUCAGAUUGAUGAACAAGUACCACUUGAGAGAUUUAUUCAUUCAAGAUAUGCCAGGCUUGCAUAUGCAUCUAUACCAAUUUGAGCGAUUACUGGAAGACUUUGAACCAGCGUUGUACUGCCAUCUGCAGCGACGCCAAGUAACGCCACAUUUAUACGCCACACAGUGGUUCCUUACCCUUUUCGCAUAUCGAUUUCCCCUUCAGCUUGUGCUUCGAAUCUAUGAUUUAAUUCUCAGCGAAGGCUUAGCAGCUAUUCUGAAGUUCGGUAUUGUCCUGAUGCAGAAAAAUGCUGCAGCUUUGCUUGCCAUGAAUGACAUGGUAGCGUUGACUACACAUCUUAAGGAUAGAUUGUUCGACGUUUAUAUCGACCAAGCGCCGUCGGCCGGAUCCAUACUUGAGUCUGGUUUCUUUGGAAAUUCCGGUGCCAGCAUUGACAAGGAAGUUUAUCGUGCCGACCAGCUGAUUCAAGAUGCUUGUGCAGUCAAAAUUACCCCCGAGGUACUCAAAACUUACACCUUGGAAUGGGAAGAAAAGACACGACUAGAGAAGGAACGUGAAGCGGAGCUUGAGACUUUGAAGUCAACCAAUCAGGCGCUUUCACUCAAGGUCAGGCGUUUAGAAGAACGAGUCCAAGAGCAUGACACGGAACAUGCAGCUCUAGCUACCGAUCUUGUAAGGACCAAAGUCGAAAACGAAGAGCUCAAAGACAAGAACGAGUCACUUCAGGUGCAAGUUCGAGAGCUUCGAAUUGUUGUUGAAAAACAGCCCGAAGAGGUAGAACAACGAUUGAAAAGUGAGAUGGAUCGGUUGUUGCAAUCCAACAAAGAGGUGCACGAAGAGAACACCAGGCUCGAGGAAGAGAUGAGCGAGAUGGAGAAGAAUCUUGUGGAAACCAAGAUGAUGUAUGCCGAGAUCAAUUCCCAAUACGAAACUCUAAAUCAAAAAUGGACGGAUGUUCGGAAAGCGCUUAACGAAGUUUAA